UUGUGCGCGGUGACUGGAGGCGGAGCUGGCGGCAUCUAAAGGCUUAAUAGUGCUGCUCGCGGGCUUGGGGAACUUAAGGUGCGGUGGUGGCGCCGGCGGGGAAGACGACGGCGAGGACAGCAGGAGCGAGCCCUCGGCUUGUCGCUCACCAUGCCGACCGUGGAGGAGCUUUACCGCAAUUACGGUAUCCUAGCCGAUGCCACGGAACAAGUGGGCCAGCACAAAGAUGCCUAUCAAGUGAUAUUGGAUGGUGUGAAAGGCGGUACCAAGGAAAAAAGAUUAGCAGCUCAGUUUAUUCCAAAAUUCUUUAAGCAUUUUCCAGAAUUGGCCGAUUCUGCUAUCAAUGCACAGUUAGACCUCUGUGAGGAUGAAGAUGUAUCAAUCCGACGACAAGCAAUUAAAGAGCUUCCUCAGUUUGCCACUGGAGAAAAUCUUCCCCGAGUGGCAGACAUUCUAACCCAACUUCUACAGACAGAUGACUCUGCUGAGUUUAACCUGGUGAACAACGCCCUGCUGAGUAUAUUUAAGAUGGAUGCGAAAGGGACUUUAGGUGGCUUAUUCAGCCAAAUCCUUCAAGGAGAGGACAUUGUUAGAGAACGAGCAAUUAAAUUUCUUUCUACAAAACUGAAGACUUUACCAGAUGAAGUCUUAACAAAGGAAGUAGAGGAACUUAUACUCACUGAAUCCAAAAAGGUCCUAGAAGAUGUGACUGGUGAAGAAUUUGUCCUGUUCAUGAAGAUACUGUCUGGGUUAAAGAGCCUACAGACAGUGAGCGGAAGACAGCAGCUUGUAGAGCUGGUGGCUGAACAGGCUGACCUGGAGCAAACCUUCAACCCGUCAGAUCCCGACUGUGUGGACAGGCUCUUACAGUGCACUCGGCAGGCAGUGCCCCUCUUCUCUAAAAAUGUGCAUUCCACAAGAUUUGUGACCUAUUUCUGUGAGCACGUUCUCCCUAAUCUCAGCUCCUUGACCACCCCAGUAGAGGGUCUUGAUAUACAGUUGGAGGUAUUGAAACUAUUGGCGGAGAUGAGUUCAUUUUGUGGUGACAUGGAAAAGCUAGAAACAAAUUUAAGAAAACUAUUCGAUAAGUUAUUGGAGUACAUGCCUCUCCCUCCUGAAGAAGCGGAAAAUGGGGAGAAUGCUGGCAAUGAAGAACCUAAGCUGCAGUUCAGUUAUGUGGAGUGUUUGUUGUACAGCUUCCACCAGCUGGGACGAAAACUUCCAGACUUCUUAACAGCCAAGCUGAAUGCAGAAAAGCUCAAAGAUUUUAAAAUCAGGCUGCAGUACUUUGCACGGGGCCUGCAGGUUUACAUCAGACAACUUCGCUUGGCUCUCCAGGGCAAAACAGGCGAGGCCUUGAAAACAGACGAGAACAAGAUUAAAGUUGUUGCAUUGAAAAUAACAAAUAACAUCAAUGUUUUAAUCAAGGAUCUCUUCCACAUCCCUCCUUCUUACAAGAGCACAGUAACGUUGUCCUGGAAACCCGUACAGAAGGUUGAAAUUGGGCAAAAGAGAGCCGCUGAAGAUACAACUUCUGGUUCACCACCCAAGAAAUCUCCAGCAGGACCAAAAAGAGAUGCCAGGCAGAUUUAUAAUCCUCCCAGUGGGAAAUAUAGCAGCAAUCUCAGCAACUUUAAUUAUGAGCAGAGAGGAGCCUUCAGGGGAAGUAGAAGUGGCCGCGGUUGGGGAGCACGAGGAAAUCGUAGUCGGGGAAGACUCUACUGAGUAGGACGUCACAUUCUUCACCAUUGUCACGAGCUUCACAUACUUCAAUUCUACUACUCAUUGGAUUGCCGGGGAUGUCCCUUGAAGUGGACUGCUGCCUUCAGCUAAAAACUUAAUGUUCUUUAUACCUUUGUAUGUAUGAUCUACUUUUGUAAUAGACCAUGGUUGUGUCUGAGGUAAAAACCACAGCGAUAUUUUUGGAUGCUUUGUGCGCAAUCUUGUUUUUGCGAUUUCAUCAUUAUUCAGACUUCAUAUUGUGAAUCUUUUAAACAUCUUAAUAAUUUGGUGAGAGUUCUUCGAGUCUAAAAUAUAAUGAAAUUCAGUCUGUUUCUGAUAAAGGUCAUCAGUUUUGAAAGGUUAUUGAUUUUUUUCUCCCUCUGUCCUUUGUUUUCCCCCACAAUAUAUGGAGAAGAGUAAUGGUCAAUCCUAACAUUUUGUUUUCAUUAUCUUUUAAUAAAGCUGCUAGGCAAUGGUUCAGCAUUCCUACCUAGGGCCCUAAGAGCAAAACAUUUACCAGCUCUCUUAAAAUGUACAAACAACAUUACAUUUUUAGGAGAAAGCAAGCUGCUUUGCACUGCUUACUUAACUCUUCUCCAUAUGUUGUGAUAAAAACUUUUGAAUAUGGGAUCUUACUAUUUGAAUAGAAAUGUAUAUGUAUAAUAUACAUACAUACAUAAGCAUAUAUAUGUGUGUGUGUGUAUAUAUGCAUGCUGUGAAACUUGACUGUACAACGUAAAUCAUUUUUUUUUUAAUUCUAAGAACGGGUAAUCUUUGACAUGGUGAUUAUCCUUUUGAAGCUGAAUCCAUUGUUAACUUGUUAUCUAGGUUUUCCUCCAAGUAGUGAGGGAUUCUGAGUCAGUUGCACUUACAUGAUUAUUGUUAUUUAAAACAAAAAGUAAACAAAGGCUGCAUUUUCAAAGAUGAGUUUGGAGAUCCCUGUUGGAGAAAUACAGCCAAAAUAUUGAAUCUGAUGUACAUAUAGGUUUCUGCAGGAUGACAUAGACUAGUUUAGAAUUUGGGGAUUUAAUAACCAGGGCAAUCCAAGAAAAAUGACUUGAUAACAUGCUGUACCAAUAAUGAGGGAUGCUCUCUGUUUGCUUUGGCCACUUUGAAGAUUUUAACUUCUCAGGUUAUUAAUCAAAAUUAUUGUAUAAGUUAGCCAAUAGAAUCUUUAGGUUAAAACAACAGAUGGGGGGUUUGUGGAGUGUUAAAUGUCAUGGGCAUUUUUAGUGUAUAGGCCCUUUGCUCUGCAUUUGAAUGUUUCAUAUAUUUUUGUUUCACAGUUAAUCUUCCCUCCCCACGUUUGCUAUUCAAAUCCAAUGCCUGGAUGACAUUUUCUAGUAGUUGGGCAUAUUUUUUGAGGAAUAGUCUGUGAUUCCAAUGCAGGUGUCUUCAUUACUGUUACCUUCACAUUGGGGAAAAAGCAAAACCCCUGUUAGAAUUACCACACAAGUUCAUGAGAAAAAUAUUUCUUUGAAGACUAGAAUUGUACAAGUGAGCAAAAGAAGUUGGUCAGCUUGACUGUGGAGUGGUGGCAAUAAUGUAAACAUUCCAAAAGACAGUGAGCUGAACCCAAGCUCCCUUGGAAUCUGCACAGACGUAGGAACGUGGAAUUGCCAUUUGAAAACUGUGACCAGAUAGUCUGGAGCUCAGAGGCAGGUCAGCCAGUAGCCUAAAGCCAUUUCAAGUACAGGAACUACAUUGGGAUUAUAGUUAUAUAAAUUUAAACGUUAAGUGUAACUUUUCCUCUUUUUCCUUUUUUAAGAAUAUUUGUAAACUCAAAGGUAAGCAGAAUUGGCCCUGCUUCUUCAAGUUUGAUACUGAGUUUGUUUGUGUUUCUUCCUUAACCACUUCAUUGUCUCCUUCCCUUCCCUAAAGCAAUAGUGCACAACUUAGGUUAUUUUUGCUUCAAAAAUUUGAAUGGAAAACUUCAUGUCAUGAUUUUUUUCUUUGCAAGACACCUGUUUAUCACCUUGUUCAAAAGUAAAUGUUCCCUUAUGCUUUUGAAAUAAAUUUCCUUUUGUAAUUUU